ACUUUCGGCAAUUCGGAUGCACCCCCUGUUUUACUCUGAGGCGUCCGCGCAUGCGCAUUUACAAUCCCGGAAGUAAACACGCUGUGUGUUGUUUCCGUAGCACGCGUGCUACUGUGGAGAAGGUCAAAUAAGAAAAUAAAUCACCAUCAGUUCUGCAGCUUCUUCAUCAUCUCCUCCUGCCGUCAUGAAACCUCCUACAAACUCUCCCUCCCCCUCUCGGAAGAGAAAAAGAUCAGACAGUCAGCAGGACGAUCCUAUACCUGUUGACAUCAACACACCUGAGAAACAUGAUAAAAAGAAAAAGAAGAAGAAACACCAGCGAGACGAAGAAGGGCUCAAUCUUCCUCCUCCUGCUGCAGUGGAAGAUACGAGCAGUAAGAAGAAGGAGAAAAUAAAGGAAAGAGAAGUGGAGCAAGGGGAGAAAGAGAUGCACGUUGCUGUAGAAACACCUGUGGUGGAAAAGAAGAAGAAAAAGAAACAGAAGAAGACGCCGAGUGAGGCGAACGUUGUCACUGUCACGACAGAGCACGACAACGGAGAGACUUCAAAAAGCGAAAAGAAGAAGAAAAAUAAAAAACAGAAGGUUAUCAUUGCUGAGGUCAAAACAGAAAACACAGAGGCAGGAGCCCUGGUUUCUGUUAAAACCAAUAAGGAAGGGGGAAAAAAGAAGAAGAAGAAGGCUGGGAGUGUUCAACCAGUGAUUUCAAAAGAAGGACAAAAUGUGGAAAAGAAAAAGAAGAAAAAAGAGAAGAGAAAAGAGCAUAUUAAAAGGAUGAAAGAAAGAGGAAGAGGAGUAACCAAGAAAAAACCAGCAGAAGAAGAUGAUCAGACCGACUCUGCGUUGUUGGAUGAACUGCAGGAGUUCAUUCCUGAUGUGAGGAAGAAAUCAGUGGACGAGGUCAAGAGACUGGUGAGAUAUGAUCUACAGCGCUUCAGGAACUUCAAACAGCAAGGGGUGUCUCUGCGUCGAGGGCGGUGCUCUGGGGAAGAGAAUCUGAUGAUCACAAAGAACAUCGCAGACUUCCAGGCUCUGAUCGGCAUCGGCUCACCUGUUAAGCUUCUGUUUCCUAAGAGGUUCAAAGGGCAGGAGGCAGAAAUCAAGAAGCUGAGAGCACAACAUCGCUUUUUGGAAACGAUUGCUGAGGGGAUCCCUCGGACAUGUCAUCAGGUCUACACCAGAGCGAAGAAGAUUUUUGACGACAAGAACCACAUGGGAAGAUUCUCAGAGGAGGAGAUGAAGUCUCUUAUCAAGUUACAGAAGAUCCAUGGGAACAACUGGAGCAUAAUCGCUAUGAAAAUGGACCGCAGUUGCUACGCUUUAGAGAAACGCUUUUCCGCCAUUGCUGCAGGUCAUGGUAUGUGGAGUACAGAGGAGGAGUCAAGGUUGAAGGAGGCUCUGAAGGCUCACCUGGAGGUUGUGGUUCAGCAGAGUUCUGCGGGUUCAGGUUUGAGCAGAGAGCAGCUGUGUAACAACCUGCCCUGGGCCGAGAUCAGUCAGAAGGUCGGGACCAGACACUGGGUCCAGUGUCGUCUCAAGUGGUUCUCCCUCUUAAAGUCAAAACUGUCUCCAGGUGUCAGCGCCUUCAGCAGAGGAUCAGAAGGACUUCAGGCUAAAAUUCAACUUAUCACCACGUUGAACAACAUGCAUAUUGAUGAUAUGGCAGACAUCGACUGGGAUGAGGUCGCUGCUAGUAUUGGCAAAGUGACGCCUGUGUGCGUUCAGAAGACUUUCCACCGACUGAAAAUUUCCAGAGUUCCUAACUGGACGGGAUUAUCGUACGGAGAGAUUGUAGACUUCCUGCAUGCGAAGGUCUGUCCUGUCCUGAAGGAGAACCUGAAGAAGUUAAGCGCAGAGGAGGUGCCGAACACGCAGCAGCAGGAGGACACGUUCCAGCUGUCAGACAUCUUCAGCUCAGAGGAGGAAGGUUUUGUCGAGGUGGACAACAGUCAGCUGGUCUCGAGGCGUUCAGGACGCAGAUAGGUGUAGAGACAUGAACCGAAGGGAGAAAAAGGAACAGCAAUCUGAUUGGUUGUCUCUCACCAGUGGACAGACUUAUCUUGGACUACAAUGAAUUGGGGUUUCAAGUGGUUGACGGGUAGAUUGUCAGUAUCUAUGUUAUCAGAAAUUUGAUGGUUUACGUUUUUCUAACUUUCUAAUGAAACAAUUUUUAAUGCUA